AUGUCUGGACAGCCACUCUACGAAGUGUUCUUGAGUUUCAGAAGGCAGGGCAUGCGCAACCACUUCGUGGAUUUCUUGUACACCAUGUUGACUGAUGUUGGAAUUCACGUCUUUAGAGACGAGGAAGAGCCGGAGAAAGGUGGAGAAAUCUUACCCCAGCUGAUCCGGGCGAUUGAGCAGUCCAAGAUAUCUAUACCCGUCAUCUCCAUAGAGUACGGGUCCAGCAACAUCUGUCUCAUGGAAUUGGUGCAAAUGGUGGAGUGCAUGGACAGGAAGAAUCAUACCAUCAUCCCCAUCUUCUACCAUGUCAACCCCUUGGAUGCAUUCAACUGUAGGGGCACUUUUCAGACGGCGGAUGAGCACCAGAAGCGUGCUCUCCGUCAGGUUGGAGCCUUGGCGAAAUACCAUCACGUUGAAAGAAGUGAUCUGUGCCAUAGCAAUGUCAUAAAGCAAAUUGUCCUCCAAGUUGAGCGGAUGCUGAAGAAGAAGGACCUAAUUGUGCCGAAACAAUUAGUUGGAGUCAAUCCUCAUAUGCAAGAAAUAAUGGCGAAGCUGAAGGUUGACUACCGCAAUGGGCAAGCAAUUAAAAUUGGAGACACAUGUGAGAAGAUGUUAAUAUAUGGCAUCCCUGGGGUUGGUAAGACGGUCCUGGCGAAAUGUGUUUAUAAUGAACUUAACCAUCUGUAUGAUGCCUGUGGCUUUCUUGAGAAUAUCCAAGCCGAAAUUAGUGAUCACGGCAUCGUUUCUGUGCAAAACAGACUAAUUUCCCACCUCCAGAAGGGAAAUGCUUCAAACUUCAACCGUUCUGACGUUGCUCUGACAUACUUUCAGAGAAGAUUUCUCACCAUGAAGGUCCUUGUUCUCCUUGACGAUGUGAAGGACCAUGAACAGCUCAGUGCAUUAGUCGGAAAGCUUGAUUGGCUUGGCCCAAGGAGCGUAGUCAUUCUAACAUCCCAAACACAUGACGUCCUUAAGAACAUCAGUGGUGCAGAAGGUUAUGUCCUUGAACCGAUGAAACAAGAUGAAGCUCUGAAAUUGUUCUGUAGGCAUGCUUUUGGAACGGAUUGUCCCCGUGAGGAAUUCAAAACACUGUCAACAGAUAUCGUGGCUGCUACUGGCCGGCUUCCUUUAGCACUUGAGGUGACAGGUUCAUCUCUGUUUCUUGUAGAAUCGAAGAAAGUGUGGAGGGAAACACGGAUUGCAUUGGAAGUAUCUCCUCCAAAGAGAGUCCAAGUGGCCUUGAAGAAGAGCUAUGCUGACCUAGAUAGGAAUGCACAGGGGAUAUUUCUCGAUAUAGCAUGCUUCUUCACCGGAAUGGACAAGAGAAUUUCCUAUUACAUGUGGAAUGACUGUAAGUAUAAUCCUUCUAAAACGAUUCCAGCUCUUCUUGCCAGGUCUUUGGUCAAAAUCGGAGAGGAUAAACAAGUCCUCAUGCAUGAAAUACUGAAGAAGUUUGGCCAGGAAAUUGUCAAGAAUGAAAACCAGAAUGAACCUUGCAAACGCAGUAGGCUAUGGAACCAUGAAGAAGCACUGCAUGUACUAAGACGUGGGGAGGGUACUAAGAAUGUCGAAGCCCUUGGGCUCGAGUUUGGUGACCGAUCUGAAAGGGAUGUCAGUUUUGAAUGCGAUCAUUUUGAUGGUUUACAGAACUUGAGGUUCCUCAAGCUGGAUCAGGCUAAUAUUCGAGGAAACUUUGGGGAUUGCCUUUCGAGCUUAAGGUGGCUUGAUUGGCAAGGGUGCCCUAAGACUUUUGACGUUAAAACGCUAAAUCUGAAUUUGCAAAACUUGUUGAUUCUCGAUUUGUCGGGGAGUCAGGUUGACGAAGACUGGAAAGGUUGGGAGCUGCUUGUGGUGGCUAGGAGAUUGAAAGUUUUGAAACUGACUGGUUGUGACCAAUUAAUCGCCACUCCAAAAUUUCCCGCUUCAAUGGAGCUGGAAAGACUUAUUCUGGAAGGUUGCUCUAAUUUAGCAGUUGUCCAUCCAUCAUUUAGGAAUCUGAAGAAGUUGGUUUCUGUGAACAUGAAGGGAUGCAGUCAACUCUGUGAAUUGCCAGAUUGCGGUCCCACGAGAGCCUUGAAAGAGGUGUUGAUCGAUGGAACUUCCAUUUCUCGGAUUGAUGUCCAAGAAGGUUUCAUGAAGGAGCUCGAAUUUCUCAGUGCUUGCAAUUGUAAAAGGCUGACUGAAAUAUCCAAUUCGAUUAGGUACUUAAAGUCUCUAAGAUAUCUUUGUCUCGAUGACUCUAAAAUCCAUACCCUAUGGGAGUCCAUUGGAUCGCUGGAGAAACUGAAGACAUUGUCUCUGAAGAACUGCAGGAGGCUGUCCAAUCUUCCAGAUGAAAUAGGGAAGCUCAGGUCAUUGCGAUUCCUAGAUUUAUCUGACACUGUGAUUCAGGAGUUACCUCCAUCAGUCAAGGAUUUGAAAGCUAUGAAAGUGCUUAGGAUGAGGUGUACUCUCAUACGGGAGUUUCCUGAAGCUAUACUGAAUUUGGAGAAACUGAAAGAGAUAGAUUUCUCGGUAUGCCAGAGUUUAGAGGGGGAAAUCCCCUUUAACAUUUGGAGAUUAUCGUCUUUGCAAAUCCUGAAACUGUCCGAUACUCGGAUUUCUGGCCUACCUCCAAGUAUUUCCCGCCUUUCUUUUCUCCGGGAACUCCACAUCUCCAGAUGCGACAAUCUUCAGAGCCUACCCGAGUUGCCCUGUUUUGUUAAUGUUCUUCGAGAUUUGGGUAAUUAG